AUGGCGGCGGCGGCGGAGCAGAGCCCGGCGGACGGGACGGCCGCGUCCCCUUCGCCGUCGCCGCCCGACGGGGCCGAAGGGCCGGGGAAAGAGGACGAGGCGGCGGCGGCGGGAGGGAAGGCAGGCCCCAGCAGCCGCGCCGGGUUCCGGGUGACGGCGGUGCGGCGCGAUCCGGCGGUGCGGCUGCAGCAUAGCGUGAGCGGCUCGGAGCCGCUAGCCUGGUCCGAGGACCACCGCGUGUCGGUCAGCACCGCCCGCAGCGUGGCCGUCCUCGAGCAGCUGAGCGACAUCCGCGGCGGCAGCGAUCUCGUCAUCCAUCGCACGGCCGUGCCGGCCCCCAACGCCGCCUGUCAUCUCAAGGUUGGCUCCAAAAAGGAAGUGGCUGAAUGCAAGCACAAGUUUGCAAAUUCCGACGAUCCAGUCGUGAGCCAGGCGUUCACCUUGGACAGAGUCUUCAAUCCCGAAGGGAAAUCGCUGUCCUCCAUGCGAGGCUUCAGAUACUGCAGCUGGUCUCCGCUGGGCUGCGACGCCAACGGACGGUGUCUCUUAGCCGCGCUGACCAUGGACAACAGGCUGACCAUCCACGCUAACCUGAACAGGCUUCAGUGGGUGCAGUUAGUUGACUUGACCGAACUCUACGGGGAGUGCCUGUAUGAAAACAGCUACAGGCUUUGUAAGACAGAGCCCUCCCGAGAAGACUUGGGGGACUUUGCUGAAUUCCAGAGAAGACACAGCAUGCAGACCCCGGUCCGCAUGGAAUGGUCCGGCAUUUGCACCAUCCAACAGGUGAAGAACAACAACGAAUGCCGGGAUGUCAGCAGCGUCCUUUUGGCCGUGAUCUUUGAAAACGGGAACAUUGCCGUGUGGCAGUGCCAACUUCCGUUCAUCGGCAAAGAAUCCAUCUCGUCCUGUAACACCAUCGAGUCGGGCAUCUCUUCCCCCAGCGUCUUGGCCUGGUGGGAAUACGAGCACAGCAACAGGAAGAUGAGCGGACUCAUUGUGGGCAGCGCUUUCGGGCCGGUUAAGAUCCUCCCGGUCAACCUGAAAGCGGUCAAGGGUUACUUCACUUUGAGGCAGCCGGUGGUUUUGUGGCAGGAAGUGGAUCACUUGCCCGUGCAGAACAUCAAGAGCAUCCCUCUCUAUCACCCCUAUCAGAAAUGUAGCUGCAGUUUGGUGGUCGCGGCGAGAGGCUGCUACCUCUUUUGGUGUCUCCUCUUGAUCUCCAAAGCAGGCUUGAACGUCCACAACUCCCACGUGACCGGGCUCCACUCUCUGCCCAUCGUCUCCAUGACCGCCGAUAAGCAGAACGGCACCGUCUACACCUGCUCUGUGGAUGGGAAGGUCCGGCAGCUGAUUCCCAUCUUCACCAACCUGGCGCUCAAGUUCGAGCACCAGCUGAUCCAGUUGUCGGACGUGCUGGGCUCUGUCCGCAGCCACGGGAUCGCCGUCAGCCCCUGCGGCGCGUACCUGGCCGUCAUCACCACCAAGGGCAUGGCCAAGGGUCUCCACCCCACCACCAAAGCCUAUCAGGUUCAGUUUGUCACCCUGAAAACCUGCGAGGAAGCCGCCGCGCAGCUGCUGGAAUCGUCCGCCCAGAGCCUUUACCGGCAGGUGGACCUCACCGACCUGGUGCGCUGGAAGAUCUUGAGAGAGAAGCAGAUCCCGCUCUUUCUGCAGGAAGCCCUGGAUCAGAAGAUCGAGCAUUUGGGCUCCGCCUACUUGUGGCGUUUUAAGCUCUUCCUCCUGCGGAUUUUGCACCAGUCGCUGCAGGCCUCUCCCUCGGAGGCCUUGUGGAGGCCCACGCACGAGGACACCAAGGCCUUAAUCGUGGACUCCUCCGAGACGGGCGGCGGCGAGGAACAGCCUUCAGAACAGGGCGGGCAGGAUCCGAGGGAGGCCCCCAAAGAGAAGGGCUCUCAGCCAGCCCCCUCGCCCGGUGAGGCCCAGGAGCAGCAGACGAAAGAGAAGAUGCUGGCCAUCCAGGCUCAGAUCGAAGCGGUCGAAAUGCACCUGGCGCGAGAACACAUGAAGCGAGUCUUGGGCGAGGUCUACCUCCACACGUGGAUAACGGAGAACACCAGCAUUCCCACCCGGGGCGUUUGCGAUUUCUUGACCUCCGAUAAAAGCUACGAGGACAGGACCGCGCGGGUGCUGAUCGGGCAUAUUUUGAAGAAGAUGAAUAAGCAGACAUUCCCCGAACGCUGCAGUUUGUGUAAAGAGAUCCUGCCUUUCACGGACUCCAAACAAGCCAUUUGCUCCAAUGGACACAUUUGGCUGAGGUGCUUUUUAACCUAUCAGGCCUGCCAGAGUUUAGUCUACAGGAGAUGCUUGCUCCGGGACAGCAUCGCUCGCCAUUCCACUUCAGAAGAUCCUGAAUGGAUCAAGAGGUUGCUGCAGGGGCCUUGCACUUUCUGCGACUCGCCCGUUUUCUAGAGAACGACUCGAGACAGUGAGCUUGAAGCAGUAGUCUCUAGUGGCCAAAGCACCCCCCGGCGUUGGAUCUGCACGAGGGCUCGCUCCGACCUGUAGAUUUGUAGAUUUGAACCGGAGAAGUUCAGCCCCUUUCCGGGAAACGAAAAGGUCUUUUCUGAAAUCCCACCGCCGCUGUUUUUGAAAGGCUUCUGAACUCCCUUCAGGUUCAAGGUCGCUGGCCUUCGGUGGGUUUUGACCACUAAGUUCUGGGAUGGAGGACCGUCUUGUUCCACAAAGAGAUGCUACCAUCGGAGCAAAACUGGUGGUCCACCUGAGUAGGUACUUUGUGAUGGCCUGAGUGCAACAUGGACUCUGUAACUUCCCUUCAUUAACACCUACUGAACGGUGGCACUUACUGAACUGGAGACAGUUAAAUUAUUACAAAUAACGAACGGGUUU